UCCCGGAGUAGUUGGUGCCAGUGAAGUGCGGCCGGCGAUGAGAGCGAAAGUUGCGCUCGGCUCGGCGCUGGGGGCUUAACGCGGCCCCGCGCUCCGCCCGCCUGGGCCGCCCCCGGCUCCAGCUCGCGCCCGCCGCGCGCGCCAGGCCCCCGCGCCGACCCGCAAACCCCUCCCCCUGUCCCGGCGCCCCCUCCUCAGGAGCCGGGGGUCCCCGUCACUUUCGCACGGCCCCGGCCCCCGCCGAUGCCGGCCAUGGUGGAGAAGGGCCCCGAGGUGUCAGGGAAGCGCAGAGGAAGGAACAACGCGGCCAGCGCGGCCGCCUCGUCCGCCGCCUCGGCCGCCGCCGCCUCGGCCGCCUCCGCCUCCGCCUCGGCCGCCUCGGCCGCCGCCUCGGCCACCGCCGCCUCCGCCGCCGCCUCCGCCGCCUCGGCCGCCGCCGCCGCCCCCAGCAAUGGGCAGAAUAAAAGUUUGGCGGCGGCGGCGCCCAAUGGCAACAGCAGCAGCAACUCCUGGGAGGAAGGCAGCUCGGGCUCGUCCAGCGACGAGGAGCACGGUGGCGGCGGCAUGCGGGUGGGACCCCAGUACCAGGCGGCGGUGCCCGACUUCGACCCCGCCAAAUUAGCAAGACGCAGUCAAGAACGGGACAAUCUUGGCAUGCUGGUCUGGUCACCUAAUCAGAAUCUAUCAGAAGCAAAACUGGACGAGUACAUCGCCAUCGCGAAGGAGAAGCACGGGUACAACAUGGAACAGGCUCUUGGGAUGCUCUUUUGGCAUAAACAUAAUAUUGAAAAAUCAUUGGCUGAUUUGCCCAACUUUACCCCCUUCCCAGAUGAGUGGACUGUGGAGGAUAAAGUGUUGUUUGAGCAGGCCUUUAGUUUUCAUGGGAAGACUUUCCAUAGAAUCCAACAAAUGCUCCCUGACAAGUCCAUAGCAAGCCUGGUGAAAUUCUACUACUCUUGGAAGAAGACGAGGACUAAGACCAGCGUGAUGGACCGCCACGCCCGCAGACAGAAGCGCGAGCGGGAGGAGAGCGAGGACGAACUAGAAGAAGCAAACGGGAGCAACCCCGUGGAGCUCGAGGCCGACCAGAGCAAGGAGAGCAGAAAGGAGGUGCCCCCUGCUGAGGCAGUUCCUCAGAUCAAGAAAGAAAAGCAUAGCACUCAAGCUAAAAACAGAGCAAAAAGGAAACCUCCAAAGGGAAUGUUUCUUUCUCAAGAAGAUGUGGAGGCUGUGUCUGCCAAUGCCACUGCUGCCACGACGGUGCUAAGACAGCUGGACAUGGAGUUGGUGUCAAUCAAGCGACAGAUUCAGAAUAUUAAGCAGACAAACAGUGCUCUCAAAGAAAAACUCGAUGGUGGAAUAGAACCGUUCCGACUUCCAGAGGUCACCCAGAAAAGUAACGCACGCUGGACCACAGAGGAGCAGCUCCUUGCAGUACAAGCCAUCAGGAAGUACGGCCGUGAUUUUCAGGCCAUCUCAGAUGUGAUCGGGAACAAGUCGGUGGUACAGGUGAAGAACUUCUUUGUAAAUUACCGACGUCGCUUCAACAUAGAUGAGGUUUUACAAGAGUGGGAGGCGGAGCACGGGAAGGAAGAGAGCAACGGGCCCGGCGGCCAGAAGCCCGUCAAGAGCCCGGACCACCCCAUCAAGGUCUCCGACGAGGACGACGAGGCUGCUUCCGUCCUUGACGUCAGAUACGCGUCUGCCUCCUGAGAAGCCCCGGUGGCUCCCGGCACUUGGUGUGGAUGACUGUGUUACCCGGGAUAUCAGGUAUUACAAGACAUCACCUAGCCAUCUGCAUCACAUCUCUGUGGACAAGCAGCUAUAACCAAAAAAGGCAUACACUUCCGGUCCUGUGCUACAUCUGCCUUAAAUCUUUGCUCGUUCCUCCGUGUCGGCGCUGCUCCCCGGAGAGCUCCGUGCGUCUCCCGUCUGCGUGCGUGCCAGGGCAGGGGUCGCUGGCCCGCGCACGCGCCUGAGUCCAGGGCCGCCCCCCGGACGGCACGCCAGAGCCUGCCAGUGGCAGCUCUUCCUGUCAGCAGCCCCAGAGCAGGCGGCCGGCCCGGAAGGCGCGACGCUGCUCCUGCAUGGCCUGCGGCUCCUCCUCUGUGCAUAACGUCGUUCCCAGAGUGACUGCGACCCUGCUGGCCUUCUAGAAGUUUCUCUUGUUCUUUCCUGAGGCAUCCACCUAAGCGAGAUCAUGCUUUUUUUGGAAAUCACAGUAUACUGGCAGACUGCAUCAUAACCUUCAUUGUGCCAAACACCCUGAUCCAACCCUCCCCUCCCUGACAGGAGGGUGAGACUGUGGUCCGUAAACCCGGUUUGCCGAGCCCCCCCCACCCUCCCCAGCCAGUAGGGAGCUGGUGCGCGGCAGCACGCGCUGGACACGCAGCUGGCAAACGGGACGUGGACCUCAGCGCUUCCUGCCUUCAGCUCUCGGCGCUGCAGCCCCUGGGUGGGCGCCCGCCCCCCGCCCCCCGCCCCCCGGUCCUGGCCCCCACCUCCACCACCCGACUCCAAGAGAUCUGGUCCGUACCACUGUACCUGGUGCUUGUACAUUUGGAAUUGGUGCCUUCUCCUUCUGGCAGCCACGUUCUCCGUCCUGUUUCUGUUCCAGUGUCUCACUUCUUCUUUGCCGUCCACUGCUUGCCAAAGACGCCGCCGCCAGGCAGGGGUGGGGGGCUCGCCGCAGACCCCGACCGUGCAGACGCUAGGCGUCAGGCUCGCUGGACACGGGGCAGCAGGCCAGCUGGCGGGGCUUUACAGAGUGCACGUUGUCCCCGUCCUCCGGCACGCCUGGCCUUCCACACGUCACUCCACACUCCCCUCGGUCCCGUGCGCCCCGGGGGACCGCAGCACCGCCCCCUCUGUCCUCGGCACAGUACAGGCCCGAGGAGUGCAAGCUCUGUGGGUUCUGGAGGGGGCAAGACGGGGAGGGGCAGUCUGCAGGGUGGCGUGUGCUGCCUUUUGGCCGGACGAGGGGCAGGUGAAGCGUCUUGUCCACACCCCGACACUUCCAGAGUCACUUCUCUCCCCUCGGCAGACCGUGGGCCUGCCGGGGGGGGGCAGGGGCGGACCGGCCACCAGGACCUGACAUCGCCGUUCCCUGCCCACAGUCGGCCCGGCCUGCACCAAACAGGCUGAAGGGGCUUUUUGUUUCGUUUUUGCAUCAUUUAAAUGUUUCUCCUGCUUUCGAUACCAAAAAGAAAAAAGAUGCAGAUGCUUUAAGGCGGCAUACACAGGAUUCUUAAGAACUUGAAAUAUGCAACUAAAAUUCCAUGUGUUUUGACUCUCAAGCACCUUGCCUUUUUUUUUUUUUUUUUUUAAGUCAGCUGACUUUCUCUUCAGAAAGAGGGUUGGCUGAAGUCACCGGUUUUUGGGAAUCGGAUGUGUGUGUUGGGAAUGUAGACCAAGGCCAUUCA